UUUUCGACAGUCCUUUAGCGCAGUUUCCAUUCUCACCUAUAUCCCUUAUGGAACCGUCCUAACUGCUGACCUUUUCAAGAUGGCGGCCUGCGGGUGCCACUCUCGGGCUCGCGCACCUCCCCAAGAUGGCGGCGCCCGAGGCCUGGCGCGCCCGGAGUUGCUGGUUCUGUGAGGUAGCGGCGGCAACGACCAUGGAGGCCACGUCCCGGGAGGCGGCGCCAGCGAAGAGCUCGGCCUCAGGCCCCAGCGCUCCCCCCGCCCUGUUCGAGCUGUGCGGGCGGGCGGUGAGCGCCCAUAUGGGGGUUCUGGAGAGCGGGGUGUGGGCCCUUCCAGGCCCAAUACUUCAAAGCAUCUUACCUCUGCUCAAUAUAUAUUACUUGGAGAGGAUUGAGGAAACUGCCCUCAAGAAAGGCCUCUCCACUCAGGCUAUUUGGCGCCGUCUCUGGGAUGAGCUGAUGAAGACAAGGCCUUCCAGUUUGGAAAGUGUGACCUGUUGGCGAGCUAAGUUUAUGGAGGCCUUUUUUUCCCAUGUUCUACGUGGAACCAUUGAUGUGUCUUCUGACAGGCGUCUUUGUGACCAGCGCUUCUCACCUCUCCUGCACAGCUCCCGUCAUGUCCGGCAGCUCACCAUCUGCAACAUGCUGCAGGGUGCAACUGAGCUGGUGGCUGAGCCCAACCGCAGGGUUCUGGAGACCCUGGCCAGUUGCCUGCACACCCUAAAGUUCCGCCACCUGCUGUUCUCUGAUGUGGCUGCUCAGCAGUCACUUCGGCAGUUAUUGCAUCAGCUUAUUCACCAUGGGGCCGUUAGCCAAGUGUCACUGUACUCCUGGCCUGUGCCUGAGUCAGCCCUUUUCAUCCUUAUACUCACCAUGAGUGCUGGCUUUUGGCAGCCAGGCCCUGGUGGCCUGCCCUGUCGCCUCUGUGGAGAGGCCUCACGAGGCCGGGCCCCAUCACGAGAUGAAGGGUCCCUCUUACUGGGCUCACGCCGGCCUCGCCGAGAUGCUGCCGAGCGAUGUGCUGCAGCCCUGAUGGCCAACCGGCGGAAGAGUGAGGUCAAGCAGAUGCCCAGAGCUGCACCUGCCACCAGGGUGACACGCCGGAGCACACAGGAGAGCCUGCUAGCAGGCGGGACAGAGUCUAAGAGGGAGCUGCACCCUCCAGCCACCUCCCACGAGGCUCCUGGUAGCAAGCAGCCAACCUCUGCUCCAGCCACCACCUCCUCUGCCUCUGCCUCCUCUUCCACAUCCUCAUCCAAACGAGCUCCAGCUAGCUCAGCCCCACAGCCUAAGCCCUUAAAGCGUUUCAAACGAGCUGCAGGGAAGAAGGGUGCUCGCACCCGUCAGGGGUCUGGUGCAGAGUCUGAAGACCUGUAUGACUUUGUUUUUAUUGUGGCUGGUGAAAAGGAGGAUGGUGAAGAGAUGGAGAUUGGGGAAGUGGCUUGUGGAGCUUUAGAUGGAUCAGACCCAAGUUGCCUGGGGCUUCCAACACUGGAAGCCUCCCAACGAUUCCGUAGCAUCUCCACCUUGGAGCUAUUCACAGUUCCUCUAUCCACUGAGGCAGCUCUGACACUGUGCCACCUGCUGAGCUCCUGGGUGUCUCUGGAGAGCCUUACACUCUCCUACAAUGGCUUGGGCUCUAACAUCUUCCGCCUGCUGGACAGUCUGCGGGCCCUAUCAGGCCAGGCUGGAUGUCGUCUCCGUGCCCUACAUCUCAGUGACCUGUUCUCACCACUACCCAUCCUGGAGCUGACAAGAGCCAUUGUGCGAGCCCUGCCCCUGCUGAGGGUCCUCUCUAUUCGUGUUGACCACCCAAGCCAAAGGGACAACCCUGCUGUACCAGGGAAUGCUGGGCCCCCUGGCCAUGUAAUUGGGGAUGAGGAGAUACCAGAAAACUGCCUGGAACAGUUAGAGAUGGGAUUUCCAAGAGGAGCCCAGCCAGCCCCACUGCUCUGUUCUGUUCUGAAGGCCUCAGGUUCUCUACAGCAGCUGUCCCUGGAUAGUGCCACCUUUGCCUCUCCCCAGGAUUUUGGCCUUGUGUUGCAGACACUCAAAGAAUACAAUCUAGCCCUGAAGAGGCUGAGCUUUCAUGACAUGAAUCUGGCUGACUGUCAGAGUGAGGUGCUCUUUUUGCUACAGAAUCUGACUCUCCAAGAGAUUACCUUCUCCUUCUGCCGUCUGUUUGAGAAGCGCCCAGCCCAAUUCCUGCCUGAGAUGGUUGCUGCUAUGAAGGGCAACUCCACACUGAAGGGCCUUCGGCUGCCAGGAAACCGCCUGGGAAAUGCUGGCCUGCUGGCCCUGGCCGAUGUUUUCUCAGAGGAUUCUUCCUCUUCUCUCUGUCAACUGGAUAUCAGUUCCAACUGCAUCAAGCCAGAUGGGCUUCUGGAGUUUGCCAAGCGGCUGGAGCGCUGGGGUCGUGGAGCCUUUGGUCAUCUGCGCCUCUUCCAGAACUGGCUGGACCAGGAUGCAGUCACAGCCAGGGAAGCCAUCCGGCGGCUCCGGGCCACCUGCCACGUGGUUAGCGACUCAUGGGACUCAUCCCAAGCCUUUGCUGAUUAUGUCAGCACCAUGUGAUGGGGCCCAAACCUCACAGGCCCAUGCUCAGUACCAUCAGCUUGCAGAGGCUGAAGCAUGGGCUGCCCAGAAUCCCCAAACACCUAUCUUUCUCUUUCUGCCACUUUUUGUCUUUUUCCAUCUUCCCUUACACUGAGGUCCUGGAGGCCUUGAUGGGGCCUAGCAGAGGCAUUUCGACAGCUGGGUUUAGAACCCAAUGGUUCCCUAUUCAGUACCUUGGGAACCCUGGGCCAGGAGGUUACAGUUGUCAUCACCUUCACUGAAGACAGUCCCCUCUCCCUGCCCUGGGGUUCCUGCCUUCCUUCCUCAAGCAGGUACGCAAGCUUUAGAGAAGCAUAGGAGUGCCCACUACCAGGCCUCUUCCCUCCUGGGCUUACCAUGCUGCUCCCAGGCCUCAGUCCCUUUCAUACCUUUAUUCCUUUCUUUUUUUUAACCAAAAAAGUUUUUCUUAUAAAAUAAAUUUUGGGCAAACAUCAUGCAGCCCUUCUUGAUAAUUUUCUCCCAGAGAACAAAAUUCAGCAGGGCCCCAUGGGGCUGAGAAC